UUUGCCAUUCCUUGCUUUUGCGUUUUUCCCUGAUUUAUUGUUUUGUCCACAACAAUGUGGUAGGAAUAAAAGAUUUGCAGUUAACUAUAUCCCAAAAAAAAUGAGCAGUCGGUGCCACUACGGACCUCCACUGGAUUCUGACUCAGACAGCAGCUACGAUGGGUUCUACUUCUCGAACGAUCGAAAACGAGUGAAACCCGCUCCUUACGUGGAUCCCGAGCAAAAGCUGUACAAUGCGGCGGUUGACGGAGAUCUCCCGAUAGUCCAAGAGGAGAUGCGCAGGCUGGGCUUUCAUGUGGACCAGAACGUAAGAGGUGGCCCCAACUUGUUAAUGAUUGCCUGUUGCGAGGGUCACUACGAGAUGGUUAAGUGGUUGGUGGAAGAGGGAAAAGCCAAUGUUAACCGGCAGCUGGACUCUUUGAUGCCGCUAAUGGCUGCCUGCGAUUGCUCCCACAAGGAUCCCUAUGUGGCUGAGAAAAUAGUGCGCUUGCUUCUGCUCCACGGAGCGGCUGUUAACGUGUCCGAUAAAUACGGAAUGACUCCGUUUAUGUCUGCAUGCCAAAAUGGCUUCAUAGGCGUAGUGCGUCUCAUGAUCAAGGACGUCAGCUUUGAUGCUGUGGACAACCAGGGCUGCACACCCAUUUUCCAUGCCAUCGAAAAGAAUCACGUGGAGGUGGUCAAACUUCUGGUGGAGGCCGGUGUAAAUGCGACGAUAGCUAACAACAAAGGAUACACGCCCACACAGGUGGCCGAGUGCCAUGGGUACUACGAUCUACUGGAGAUCCUGCCUCGCCCAGCCUUUACUUACUCCGUGCCCGUACACUUUUUGGGCUACAACACACUUAGGGAUCAUAUUCCACGCAUAUUUCUGAAAAGCGACUGUCCGGAGUAUUUUCAGGAGCUUAACGGCAUUCUGCAGUCCAUAAAUGCUGGAAAUAUGGUUCAGCAUUUUGCAAUUGCUCGGACCUCGCUGGCGGAGUUCCUGGUCAUGGAUGAGCAGUCGCUACGGGACGUGGGAAUUGAGUAUCCUAUCUACCGCAACAAGAUCUUAAAGGGCAUUCUAGACUUCCAUCUCCAUCAUUGGUCCAACAAAUCUAUAGCCCGAGUCAAGCAGGACGGCAUGGACAACUUUUACGAGAUUCUUAUGAUUGCUGCCAAUCAUCUGCAGCAGUUGAUAAUCAUUCAGGCUUCCUUGCGCUUCAUCCUCAAAAAUCAGCAGAAGGAGAAAUUGGGACAGACUUCGGAGAUGCAACUAGCCAGUAUUAAGAGCAAUUUGCAGGGAUAUCGAGAUGUUCUCAAUCAAGUGACUAAGACCGUCAAAUAUCUUGGUUCAUUCAGUCCCUCCCAAAAUCCGCUCUUCAUUGACUUUAACGAAAUCCUGGCCGAGCGAAAGCGCAAGAAGGUUCGCAACUACUUUAAGUACACCACCAUUAUCCUCGGAAUCUCAGUUUUCAUUUGCCUUAAGUGCAAGUGGUUUUCAUAGUAUUUGUUACAGAACAUUUCCAAUAUAUAAGUCAAAUCGUUUGCAGUAAAAAGACCUGCUUUUCUUAGCGCUCUGUGAAUUUGCGAUAUUUACUUGUGUUUGCAUAAUCAAAAUAGUUGUAGUUGAAAAAAGUGUUUAAGCUUAACUCGAAUUAAAAGAGAAUGAAAAAUGAUCAAGCAUUUUUUAGGUAUAAGUAAACUUUAAAGAAACAUGUAAUCUCCAGUUAUUAUUUUGUUGUUUAACACACGAAAUACAAAUAUUUGUAAAAUAUGUAAUAUAUUGUUGAGACAAUAUAACAUUUGAAGCAAUACAAAAAAACAAAUUAAAUGAAAUGUUACCUGAAAUCGAAUAACUACCUGGAUAUGAAUAUCGUACAAAUAUUCAAAAAUGUAAGCUUAAGUCCAUUACAAAAGUCACAAUAACGAGAAACAAAUAUAUAUUUGAAAUUUGAAACCUAACGAAUGUAAGAAACACCUAAUAUUAUUAUUUUUAUUAAAGGAAAAAUAAACGAAUUGUUAAAUUUUAAAA